AUCCGGUUGCGUAGAAGAAAUGCGCACAUUCUUAGAAGCAAAACAGCGCCUAUGGCGACCCGAAUUUCAAAGUGGCACCGCUAAAUAAGUUACAAUUCUAUAAAUGUUUAGUGAGCCCAUCAUGAUUUUAUGCUCUAGCAUUUCAGGAUUAAUUUCAAGACAUUAAUUUUAAUUAGAAGAGGUGAUCCAAACGUUCAGUUAGGCUUCUAACAGUCUCAUGCGAAUUUAGAAUUUCAGAUAAGAUCCAUUAAGAUGGCAAACAAGAUGCCUCGGAAGGGCAGUGCAGAAAAUUCCAGUAUUCCACAUACCAGAAUAGACGAAGAAUCAUGGAUAAAUAAAUAUUAUGAAGUAGGUGAAAAGAUCGGCCAAGGAAUGUUCGGAAAAGUUUUCAAAGUGACACACAAGGAAACAGAUGAAUAUUGGGCCAUGAAAGUCGUUAAUAAAGAAAAGGCGGGUGGAUCUGCAAUCAAAUUACUAGAGCGUGAAGUGGCUAUACUGAAAAUGGUCGACCAGGACAAUAUCAUCAAACUGAAUGAAGUUUUUGAAACCGGUAAAAAAAUGUUUUUAGUAAUGGAAUUAUGUGAAGGGGGAGAACUAGCUGAUGUCUUACGAGAAAAAGAGAAAUUUUCAGAAUCAGAUACAAAAGUUAUAAUGAAAAAAAUGUUUGAUGCAAUUUCAUAUUUACACAAAAAAGAUAUAGUUCAUAGAGAUUUAAAAUUAGAAAAUAUUCUUCUUAGUCAAAACCCGAAGGAUCCUGCAGAUAAACUUCACAUAAAGGUUACAGAUUUUGGUUUGUCAGUAGUGAAAGGUGGAGUUGGUCAUGAUAAUAUGAUGCAAGAUUUUUGUGGAACUCCUAUUUAUAUGUCUCCAGAAAUAAUAGACAAUAAGGCUUACAGUCAACAGUGUGAUGUUUGGGCCAUGGGUGUCAUCAUGUAUUCAUUAUUAUGUGGUUCACCUCCAUUCAAGGCAAACACUGAAGAAGAAUUGUAUGAAAUUAUUAAAAAGGGAGAAAUUGAUUAUACAACAAAUCCAGUAUGGAAUACAAUAUCAGAAGAUGCAAAGAAAUGCAUAGAAUUGAUGUUAAGGACAGACCCAGCCCAUAGGUCAUCAGCCAGUGAAGUCCUACAUCAUGCAUGGAUAACUGGUAUACAAAGAGAAAGUAGAAAUGUUUUAGAUUUGAUGAAGCAAUUCAGAUUAGAAGAGGAGGGACAAAAAAGUGCAAUAAAUGGGGAGGUUGAAAAUGGUGAAGAUCCAAAUUCUCUUUCAGAGGAACCAACUCCAGAAACAUCGGAAAGAGAAUCAAGGAAAAAUUCAGCUGAGGGAAAAAAGCCUGGUUCUGGUGGUAAAUCAGGGAGUUCGCAGAAUUCAACUAAAAGUUCCACUGCUGAAAAAUCACAAAGACUAAGUACGCCUGGUCAACGAACUGUUUCUAAAUCACCAGCUCCCAAAGCAAAUAAUUUAAAAACUCUUAAUAACAAUACCAGACCAACAACGAAUCUUCUUUCUACUGGUAAAUCUACAGCGGCAAAGAAAAAGACAUGACGUAAGGAUUGUUAAAUAUGUGACAAGGUAUCAAAAGAUGGCCAGAACAUCGGCAGACACUGCACACACUACUAGUAUUGGCAUCUAGUUGUGAUUCUAUGUUAUAUAACAACUAUUUUAAACAAUAGAAAAACAGAAUGGAAGUGGAAGGCAGGCAUAUGGAGUUAUAUAUGAUGUUCAUAUUAAUUGUCAAAUAUUAAAGGUUUGAAAUUUGAUGAGAAUAUACUAUGAAGUGAACAAAAUUGUUUAUGUUUCUUCUAUUCUGCACUGAUUUAUACUUUUUCUGACCAAUUGAUUGGGUUUGUUUUUCUAUAAACCAAGUGUUGCUUCAUUGUUCUAGCAUUUUAGUAAUUGAAUUUAAAUUAUGACAUCAAAUUUAUUUGCAGUUUUCAGAUUUUGCCAUUCUGUUUGUAUGAAAAAUAUGUUUAUUAUGUCUGAGUAUAUCAAAUAAAAAAAAACACAUUUUAAGCAUCUUCUUGAAAAACACUGACCAACCUUCAAUGGUUAAAUUUUAAACAUUUGAAAUAAUGAGCUUCAAUUUUUAAAUGUCUAUAUAUGAAUCAACAAAAAAGAUAUCAUCCUUAUAGAAAAUGCUUUGUUUGUUUUUGUUUCUUUAAACUAUAUAUCAA